CACUCUUUGUCUUAACAGCGCCUCUCUUUUGGUCGUCGUCAUCCGGCUCGUCGUCGCUGACGUGAUUCGACGCGAGCGCAGUCACACUUCGUCACCAGUGACGACGAGCACGGCGUCAAAGUUCGGAAGUGAGCAGCGAUGGACGAUAGCACCAAUGACUCAACGGCAGAUGAGGAAGAGCAUCCCGAUGGCAUGCCUACUUCACAACUUUCUCCUGGUGGGACGGUCCGGUUCCUCCAUAAGUCUUCAGUCAUCCAGUCUCCACAAAUCAUCCAAGUGGUGAGCGAGUCAGACGGAGACUCUCACAAGAAACAGCAGACGCUUUCCACGCAGCCUUCGUCAUACCGAACAAUCCUCAACAAGCUUUCCUCGGACUCGCAGAACAUUUUCAAAACGGAGGAGGACAUGACUGAGGAGGACCACGACUCGACCUCAUUGGUGCCGAUCAGCCACCACAUGACUUCCGGACAAUAUGCUGCCAUCUCGCAGAGUGCCGCUGCUGCGUCACCAGGGAGCGCCCACCAGUUCUACAUCCAUGCAGGACAGAUGAUCAUACAAGCGGCCACCGGAGACAUCCCCGCCUGUCAAUUGCGCUCACCCACCUCCGGCCUGGCCCACAGCAUCGUGAUGGCCGCGGCGUCACCGGGCGCUACGCACAGUCCGGUGUCGCACCACGCCGAGGAAGUCACACGCAAGCGAGAGGUCCGGCUUAUGAAGAACAGGGAGGCUGCACGAGAAUGCCGGCGGAAAAAGAAGGAGUACGUCAAGUGUCUGGAGAAUCGUGUUGCUGUGUUGGAGAACCAAAACAAGACGCUGAUUGAGGAACUGAAGGCGCUCAAGGACAUUUACUGCCACAAGGGGGAGUAAGAGAGCUCGCUAACUGCUACCUGUCGUAUCCUGCAACCCGCCAAACUGCUGUGACCACGCCCGCUAGCUCAGGCCUCUACCAUGCCGCAACCUCCCUCCUCGAGUUCCGGGAACACCGUUCUGUUCUGAACUCUGGGAAGCACUCUACUUGAAGGAUUAGUAUAUAACACACCUCCUGGGAAUGUCACCUGAAUGCACCGUUUUUGUCUUUUUUGCUUUCAUUUCUGACAGUUUUUGUGAGUCAAAGUAGCGAGCGCUAACUUGCAUCAAUUCAUUUCCAGCCAUUUUACUUAGCGGUUAGGAAAAACAUGGCUUUUAUUUUUGUGGCCAAGUUCCCCGCAGGUGUAAAUAAAAUGUUGUAUAACGAAGACAUUAGAAGCUAAGAUACACAUUAAAUUAUAACUGGUCAUGCUCAUGGAGAUCCACCAUACACAAAUUUGUAAUUUUGGCACUGAUGCUAGUCCUAACAAAGAUUAAAGAUGAAGGGUUUGUCAUUGAAAUAAUAAUUUGCAAGUGACAGAUGCUGACCUAAAAGUCCUAAAGUUGAACAAACUCAUCUGUUUUUAAAUAUCAGUUGCGCGUUCAAAUAAAGCACACUCUCCAAUGACUGACAGAAAUGAUCGGAUGCUACAAAUGUUACGAUAGAGAGCUAAAUUCUUACACAAGUCGACAAAAAAUCUGAAACAAAAGUGAUUGUAAUUCAAGAGCCAUGAAGGAAGAUGACAUGAUGACCAGAAAGUUAUCAGAAGCUAAAGCUGCAAAGCUAGUUUUGCUAAAUGCUAACAAAGUUUUGUUUGUUUUGUAACAUUACUGUAGUUUGCGUGUACAAGAGCCUACAACAACACAACUUCCUACAAUAACACAAGCAUUGUUGCGAGUAUUAAUAAAACCACGUGUGUCCUGGCUGGUCCACCAACAACAUAGAUCCAAAAGUAUUCUAAAGGCUGGAAUUGCAAACUAAAAAUUUCCACACUUUCUUUUUGGUUCAAUUGUUAACAUUAAUGACAAAUACUGAGGUGUUUUUUUUUUUUUUUUUUUUUUUUUUUUUUCCAAAUUGAGGUCAGAGGGCUGCAGCUGCUCGUCAAUCAAAGCACAAUCACUCACCAGUCAGUCAUUGACCGACAUGAUCGGAUGCUAAGCUCAACUAAUAAUGCUAAAUGCUAACAAAGCUUAUAUGUUUUGUACCAUCAGUGUUUGAUUAUUGUGGUGUUUGUGUUCAGGCACUAUAGACACAAAUCUACAAUAGUGUUGUUCCCAGUGAUUAUAUAACUAAUAAAACCACAGUGUCCUGGCUGGUCCACCAACAUAAAUAAAGGUAACUGAUUGUUGUUAAAAGUUAAAUUGUUUCAUAUUGUUGCUUUAAUUGAUAUCAAAGGUUAUUGUCUAUUAAAGCACAAUCAAUUAAAACCAGUCAGUUGAUUACCAGUCAUUGUUUUGUUUUUACAAAAAUUUGACACUUUUUAACCAACACAACAGCCCCAACUGCCCUUUUUGUACAUUUUUUUCUUUGUUGUGUAAAUAAAGUCGUUGAGAGCUGUU